CAUAUUACAAAUAAUUACUCAGUGUCGAGAAACUGCUAAGUCUUACCUUUCCGACAUCAACAUGUCUGUUCCACCACCGCCGCCUCCACUGCCGGUAUUACCAAAUUCCGUGGGAUUGGGAAUGGGAGACGGAGUGGGAGUUUCACAUUCGUCUUCUUCGGGGAUGGAGGGAAUCAAGCCGAGCAUACUCAUACUAAUCUUAAUUCUCUCAAUUACUGUGAUUGUUUCGGUUUCUCUCUGCCUCCUACUCCGCCACCUCAACCGCCGCUGUCUCCGCCACUUCUCUGGCUCUCACUCUGUCGCGGCUACGGGCAGCAGUCGCGUCUCUCCGGAGGAUUCUCCCACCUUAUCCCUCAUCGACUCCCUCCCGAUAUUCACCUUCUCGUCCAUCACUCGCCGAACUACAACUGCAUCCAUGAUUUCCGGCGAUUGCGCCGUUUGUUUGUCGAAAUUUGAGUUGCAGGAUCAGCUCCGGCUUCUCCCUCUGUGUUGCCAUGCAUUUCACACGGACUGUAUCGACACGUGGCUCAACUCCAAUCACUCGUGUCCUCUUUGUCGAUCUCCGAUUUACGCAUCCGAAGCGGAUGUCAUGAAGGUGUUGCUUUCGUCUUCUAAUGGCGGUCUUCAAGGAAGCUUUGACGGCAGCGAUAGUUUCCGGAUUGAGAUUGGCUCGGUGAGCCACCGUCAGACCGGUUCGGACACCAGCGAGCGGCGAAGGUCGUACUCCAUUGGCUCGUUCGAUUACAUUGUGGACGGUUUAUCCGAGGUGAGCAUGAACCAAACGCGCCAGCAUCAGAGGAGUGUGUCCGAUAAGGAGGAGGUUGGAGGAAACGACUCGGCGGUGGCGGCUCCGGAGGAAAACCUAGCUGCUGAGGUAGCAAGUGGCAGGAGUUGGCUGAAGGAGUACGUCGACCGCCUCUCCUCUACCGUCUCUUCCCGAGCGCUGUCUUUCCGUAGCUCAGGCAGGUUCGUCAGCGGGAGCAGCCGCCACUCCGACGUACCAGGCGACGGAGACUGGGAUGUCGAAGCGAACCGCGUGGGUGAGGAGAUCAGCGAAUUUUUUCGGUGGUUUUCAGGGGUAUGAGUGGAUAACACGCUCGCUGGUUCAGUGGCAUUUUUGGAAAAAAAAAAAAAUAUAUAAAAGUCACUAAUUUCUUUCUCUCAUUAUUAUCAUUAUUAUUAUUAUUAUUAUUUAAUUCUGUUGUAAAUAAAUUUGUUGAUUUUAU